UCUUCUGCCUGAUGUCAGAGCUCAGAAAGAAAUGAGGGGUAUAUAAGUGCUGUAUUACAUGCUAGCGAGGAAGGUGGAGACAAGGAAUACUUCAGACUCAGAAGCAAGUGUGAGAUUGUUCCUGCACUAUUCCUUCUAAUACAGACACUUGCUUGAUUUCAUCAGCUAAUUCCUCAACCACCAAAAGAAAUGCCCAAAGGAGAGAUGUGCAGCCUCAAGGGACCUUUUCUUUUCAUCAUAUUGUCUAUUACUUUAAGUACCCUGGAAGCAACGCCUGUUGAGAGACUUCUCACUUUGGCUGAUGAUUUAUCUGAUGGGACUCCCAACAGACAAGAGUGGUUCUUACCCAUCCUGUCCAGAAGUACCGGUUACUUGGGAAUUAAUGGUGCACUACUGGGGGAAGAAGUGGCAAAGCCCAAAAGCCACCGCUUGGAGAAACGGAAGUGCAACACCGCUACGUGCGUGACACAACGCCUGACUGACUUCUUGGUCCGGUCCAGCAACACCAUUGGUACUAUCUAUUCACCGACCAAUGUAGGAUCCAACACCUAUGGCAAGAGAGACCGAGAACCUCCCAACUAUCUACAGCUUUAAUGUCGCAAGAAGGUGAUGGCUGCGGUCCUUCUUAGGAAU